AUGGAGGAAGGGGAAAGGGAGAGUCGCUGGGAGCAAGUUUCGUCUAGGAGAAAUCGCAUUAGGCAACCCCCGUUCACCAUCUUCGUUGCGAAUCUUACCUUUGACACUUCAGAAGAUGAUCUAAUCUGGAUUUUCAACAGGUAUGGGAAGUUAGUGGGAGUGCAUCUUCCCCGGGAUCAUGUUCGUAGGAGAUCCAAAGGGUAUGCAUUUGUGACUUUCUACUAUGAGCAAGAGGCUUAUAAUGUAGCCAACUACCUCCAUGGGAGGAGAAUAGACGGUCGGAUUGUAUCGCUUGCCUGGGCCAAGAGCUCUAGGGAAAAAGGGAGCCGGGGUAGGAGGCCUAGCUCUGGUCGGAAUCAGCGAACUGCCCCUGCUCGGUAUCAGAGAGCUGAUACUCAAAAGUCGUAUGCGGCAGCUACAAGGGCAUUCCACCCUUCAGGCAAGACUACUCCUAUUCCUUCAGAGACUCGUCCGCUAGAUGAGUGCGCCAAGCCUAUCAUCAUUGAAAUAGAUCCUCAGCAGGUUGAUUAG